AUGGCGUCUCCGGAAUGCGGGUCUGACAAUGAAGUUCAAGAAAUGCGUUUUGGCGCAAGAGAACUCGAGUACCUGGGGCACCUAUUGACGGCGGACGGAGUUAAACCGAUCUCACGACUCUUGGAUUCGGUACGGUCCUUCCCACCACCGCAAGACGAAAGGCAGGUGCAGUCCUUCGUCCACCUGGCUGGGUAUUAUCGGCGAUUCAUCGCGGAUUUUGCAUCGAAGGCAGCGCCACUGACAGUACUCACACGAAAAACGGAAUACCAAAUUUGCUUGGUACCCCACAAGUGGUUCGCGGCGCACCGAGCCGAAACCGUCGGCAAUCCUCCUUGUGCCACCGCUGGAACCAACCAAGCUGGCCUGCCUCAAGGCGACACUCCACCACCACGCAAAUCUCCGGCACCCCGGGCCGCCACAACAGCACAUCCAAUUCCAUCAGAGCCAGUCCGCCCCGUCUUUACAACGGUCCUUUCGUCUGCUGCAACCACGUGGUUUCCUAUUCAGCACUGGGCCAAUAAACCAGCAGUACCCUACACGUCUCAUGCAGUGGCCACAUCUGUCCCGCCACAACAAGCCUUCACCCGCACUAAAGGCAAGAGCAUCCGGUUCACAAUCAGGCAUUGGGUCCCUCCACGGGAAUACACCACUGCGCCAUGCGCCCCUGAACCAUCGUCACUCCAAGCCCGCCACUCUCACCGCCGGUAUACGGCCCACACACAACUGCCAUGA